AUGGAAUAUGAUCCUAGCCAGGAAAAGAUCCUAUCGUCAAAUGAGAUUGGGGCAGAAGAAGGUUUUGCCGGCGACGAGGAUAGUGGCUGGGUGGACACACAUCAUUUUGGCCAUGAAGCAAGUGAUAUGAAGAGCGUUGAACUGGGUGCAACUGGAGCUGAAAAUGUUAACGAUGAUGACGAUAAUGAUGAACCCGCUAUGGAUUUAGAUGACUUUGUAGAGUCUGGUGGAUUAGAAGAUAUCGAUCCAAACAGGUACAUCGCUUCCCGAUCUGGGCCAGUAGCUGAAGUUGAAAAACCGCGAACGUAUGAUUUACAUAUCACUUACGACAAAUAUUACCAGGUCCCUAGAUUGUUUCUCAUGGGCUAUGACGAGAAUCGCAAACCUCUUACAGUGCAGCAAACUUAUGAAGACUUUUCUGCUGAUCAUGCAAAUAAGACUAUAACCGUGGAAACUCAUCCCCAUAUUGAUUGCGAUAUGCCCACUGUACACCCAUGUCGACAUGCUGAAAUGAUGAAGCGCUUGCUUGACCAACUUGCGGAAAAUGGCAAGGAACUGGGAGUGCAUGAGUACCUGUUAAUAUUCUUGAAGUUCGUUCAGACCGUCAUUCCAACGAUCGAAUACGAUUACACACGGUCCAUACAAUUAUGA